GUCAAAAAAUUUAACACACCAGCAGUGUGAAGAGACUGAAAGUGGCACAUGGCAGCAGAGUGUGGCGAUGGAGACAGCAGCAAUGGGAGGCCGUACAGGGACCAUGACAGACUCUGGAACUUGGCAGCAGCAUGAGGAGGCGGUAUAUAGGGCGGGACCAUGGCAGAUUAGGGGCCUGGCAGCAGCUAUGUGAAGGCCCAGUAAUCUGCCUGCACCCUAUGUCAAAAAAUUUAACCACACCUGCAGUGUGGAAGAGACCUGAAAGUGGCACAUGGCAGCAAGAGUGUGGCGAUGGAGACAGCAGCAAUGGGAGGCCGUACAGGGACCCAUGACAGACUCUGGACCUUGGCAGCAGCGAUGA